AUGUCUACUGGCGCUAAUUUAGAAGUUGUCGAAGCCGCAAGUAAAUCCCGUGCACUGGCGAAUGUACACGCCCCUCACAACGACACACGGGGUAGUGCGAGCCUGGAAAAGCAAGACAAGUUUGUGUCGACUUCCGAGAGCCUUCUCGGCCCUAAUGGCGAGCAAUACCCUACUGAAGAAGAUUGGCGGCAGCUCCGUCGUGUGUAUGGCAAAGUUAACUGGAUGAUUUACAUCAUCGGUAUCGUGGAGAUGUGUGAGCGUUUCGCCUACUAUGGAACGACCGCAGUAUUCGUCAACUUCAUUCAGAGAGACCUGCCUACCUCAGGACCUUUCCCAGAAGCAGGCGCUGCAGGUGAUGGCCAACCUGGUGCACUUGGAAUGGGUCAACGUGCUAGUACAGGCCUCGUCCAAUUCAAUUCUUUCUUUUCGUAUAUCAUGCCUUUAGUUGUGUACGCGGAGAAAUACGUCGGUUUCUGGCUUUCCUUCACAUUGCCAACCAUUCUCUUCGCCCUCUGCCCGCUUCUGAUGCUUGCUUUCAGUAAGCAUUACGUCAAGAAGCCUCCGCAGGGUGACGUGCUCGUCAAGUCGAUGAGAACAUACGGGUUGGUUCUGAAGGGGCGCUUCUCGCUCAACCCUGUGCGCACAUGGAGGAAUCUCUCUGAUCCAAACAUCUGGGACGCUGCAAAACCAAGCAAAAUUGCAAACAAGCCAGUAUGGAUGACCUUUGAUGAUGCGUGGGUGGAGGAAGUUCGGCGUGGCAUCAAGGCCUGUCAAGUAUUCUUCUGGUUGCCAAUAUUUUGGCUGCCUUACGGCCAGAUGACCAGCAACUUAGUUUCCCAAGCGUCUACCAUGAAGCUCAAUGGUGUACCAAACGACGUGGUGCAUAACCUGAACCCAUUCACGUUGCUGAUUUCUAUCCCGAUCUUCGACAAAUUUAUCUAUCCAAGGCUUGCCCACUGGGGUAUCAACUUCACACCCUUGAAGAAGAUCCAAGCCGGUUUCAUCUGCGCGAUGCUUUCUAUGGUUGUUGCAGCAGUCAUUCAGCACUUCAUCUACCAAAAGUCACCUUGUGGAGAGUUUCCAACGGACUGCGACCAACCUCCAGACCUCUCAGUGUGGACCCAGGUUCCAGCAUACAUCCUCAUCGCUUUCUCGGAGAUCUUCGCAUCGAUCACUGGAUUAGAGUAUGCAUACACAAAAGCACCGAAAAACAUGCGCUCUUUGGUUACAGGCAUGUUUUGGUUCACCCACGCCUUCUCUUCUGCGAUUGCCCAAGCCUUCGUGCCGUUGGCUGGAGAUCCACUCCUCGUAUGGUUGUACAUGAGUAUUGCCAUCUUGACAUUCUUCGGCUGGGUCGGUUUCGCCUGGACUUUCAGAACAUUGGACAAAGAGAAUGACACGCUCGACAAGCUUCCAGAAGGUGGCUUCCAGUCUAAUGCUGAGUACGCUGCAGCGAAGACCGAGAAUGCUGAGAGAGCCUGA